AUGCCCUCCCCCCCACAACCUACAAUCCAAAUCCUAAUCUCAGACCACACCUCCCACCCCCCAAUAACCCAAACCUACAUCUCCAUCUCGCCCUCCCCCUCCCCUCCCAAAACCCUCACGCUCUCCCUCCCAACCCUCCACACCUCCCUCCACCACCUCUCAACCUCCCCCACCCCCUCCCUCGAAGUCGAGAAAUUCUGGUCCACAACCGCCCCCCUCCUAGACUACACCGCCUCCUUCCUCCCCACCGACACCCCCCAAAUGCAGAGUAUCUGGUUCCACCACCUCACGACCUGGCGCCGCAUCGGUCUGCACAUCGCAGCCACAGACGCCGUCUUCGCAGCGCAAUUCAGCGCCACGCUCGACCUGCUGCGCCGUAUAGUCGGGGAAAAGAUAGUGCAUGCGCAUGGGACACCGGAGUCGUGGGUUGUCGGCGUGCAGGCUUGGGGGCAGUUUUUGGUGGGUGGGUCGCCGGGUUGUGCUGAUUAUCUUUAUCCUUUGGCAGAAGCGCAAGGGGAAGAGGUGGAAGGGGAUGGAAAAGGGAGAGGGAGGGUGAGGUAUAUUCCCGCCCCCGCCUUGGCGAUAAUACACGCGCACACUCAACGCGCUGUACGUCUUUCCUCAUCUUCCUCCCUACCGCAAGACGCCGGCCCGCUGCCAACGCUCACGUUCCCCUCCCCUUCUUCUCCUUCCGCCUCGACUACGACAAGCACAGGCACGUAUACGUACCGCCUUCUCAACGGCGCGCACGCUAUUCGGCGGUAUGUCGGGUAUGGGGAUCCGGGGAUGUUGGUAGGCGCGCCGGGGUUGAAUCUGGUGGAUGAGUGUGUGGGGGUUUGUCGGGGGGUGGGGGCUUAUGGGAUGGUUUCUGGGGUGGUUUCUGGGGGUGGAGGGGAGGGGGAGGCGUUUGAUAUGUGGGCUGUGUGGGAGGGUGAGGGGACGGGAAAGGAUGGAAAUGGAUGGGGAGAGUUGUUUGGAGCGUGGUGUGAGGAGGAUAUCUAG